CUUAUUUAAACUCUUCACUUCUUGCGAAUUGGCCACAAAGGUCUUCAUCAAAUCUUAAACCUCCCUUCUCAACUCUAUUAAUAGUUUAAUUAGUUAGCCAUCUCCACUUAAAAGAGUUAAAAGUCUUGACAAAAAACCUCUUUAGUCUUCAUCCAUGAAAUGCAUCCAAUUGAGAUAUUCCAUGGUGGAUGACCAAUCUUUCUCCAUUGAACUCAUCUUUGUGACGUCGUUAAUUUGAUGAAAACCAUAAUAGAUCUUAUAGGAUUGGACUUUGUGAGAAAUCGAAACACCUUCAAUCUAAAGGAAGUGUCGAUCUUCAUCACCUCUAGUCUUCUUCAAUGUAGCUGAACAACUUGGAGGGAGAAAAGAUGGAAAUCAUAAUAGAUUUUAUGGAAUUAUUUUUGAGAAAUCGGAACACCAUCAAUUCGAUCAAAUGGAGUGCCAAUCUUCAUCACCGCUUCUUCAAUGUAGUUGAAAGACUUGGAGGAAAGAAAGGAACCAUUGAAGGUGGGCAGUCUUCCUCCUGUCCUGAAAACCCUACUGGAACCAGGCUGAUUUAUCCACCUCGCUUCAAGUGGACUCCUGAUCUUCAUCGUCGCUUCUUGGAGGCUGUUCAAUUUCUUGGAGGACUGGAAUGUGCAACUCCUAGAACAAUUCUUGAAGUGAUGGAUGAAAAGGAGCUAACCCUAAAUCGGGUUAGGAGCCACCUCCAGAUUCACCGCGCCAACUGUUUCGAUCCGGAGCAACUGGCCAUAGAAACUCAAGCUGCAUUAGCUCAGCUGGCGUGGGCGGCCAGCCUUCCCUAUCCGUACGGUUACCCCCCGCUGUAUAGCGCUUCUCCUCCGCCUCCGGCGGCGCUAUACUCACUACCGUUAUGGCCACAGCUGCCGUCACCACCUGCAAGACUAUACAUUGGCCCAGUGGGGCCGAUGCCCCCCACCAUUCCACCCUCAAUGAGGAUGAUGGAAUACUCAGCCCCGGCGGCGCCCAAAACUAUCAUCUUCAAGAAGUUGUUUCCUAAGGGCAGACCGGUGCCGAUUGAUGUUGAUGAGACACCAGAAUUGAUGAUGGCUGGUGAUCAUAUAAACUCAAGACCAUCUUCCUCAGCUGCAAGGGAGGAGGGUCAAGACGAUGACCCUCUUGAUCUCACGCUCUCCAUCAGACCUCCCAGCUGUCGAUGAUCUAAUCUGAUGGUUCCAGGCGAAAUUAAAUGCCUGAAUUUCUUUUCCUAUAUAUAUUUAGCCCUAAUUAUAUAUGUACAUAUAAUUAACUUGCAUUAGGCGGGGGCUUUCAAUUGUAUGUAUAUAUGUAGCCUAGCUAUUUUUGUGUUUGUAGUGCAUGUAAUAUUCCAUCUUAUUUGUGAUUUAAAGGCAAUUAGAGCUGCUUUGAGAAG